UUAGGGUUUUUUUCUUCACCAUUUUCAUAAUCCCUAAAACCCUCUCAGCAACUGCAGCGUCCGCUCCUCCCUACCUCACCGCCAUGGCAUCGGAGAAGAAGCUGUCGAACCCAAUGAGGGAAAUUAAAGUACAGAAACUCGUCCUCAACAUCUCCGUCGGUGAGAGCGGAGAUCGUCUCACCAGAGCCGCUAAGGUCUUGGAACAGCUUAGCGGCCAAACCCCUGUUUUCUCCAAGGCAAGGUACACUGUGCGUUCCUUUGGCAUCAGGCGUAAUGAAAAAAUUGCAUGCUACGUGACAGUUCGGGGUGAUAAGGCAAUGCAGCUCCUUGAAAGUGGUCUGAAGGUCAAGGAGUAUGAACUGUUGAGAAGAAACUUUAGCGAAACUGGUUGCUUUGGCUUUGGUAUUCAGGAGCAUAUUGAUCUUGGAAUCAAGUAUGACCCUUCAACCGGUAUUUAUGGGAUGGACUUCUACGUUGUCCUUGAGCGCCCUGGUUACAGGGUUGGUCGCCGCCGUAGGUGCAAGGCUCGUGUUGGCAUCCAACACAGAGUUACAAAGGAGGAUGCAAUGAAGUGGUUCCAAGUAAAAUACGAAGGUGUUAUCCUCAACAAGGCCUCCAACAUUGGUGCUUAAUUUGGAUCUCAUUUUCAACAUACCCACAGCAUUAGGCAUAGAACUUGUCAUAUUUGCCUUUCUUCCAACCACAUUUCACUACUUUUGAGUUUUGACUUUAAAAAUUAUGUUCUUUUCUGAUAAAGAUGCUCAUGUUAGAUUGCACUUCUGUCAGCAAGAUCACAUUGAUUGGUACUUGGGAUUUUACCCUAAAUUAUCCUCUCAUUGUUUUUGGAUGCCCA